GACAGAAAUAUGGUGUUUAUUAUAACUCCAUGAUUGAACAUUUGUUUCACAAUGUAAUAAAAAUGAAAAAUAUCUUAACCACCUAAUAAUACAAAGAUACAAAGCCCUACUUAAUAUAUAAAUUCGUCUAAUAAUUCCUUAAAAACCAUAUAGUAAUGACAGCUUUAAUUAACUGUCCGAUACAACCCCUUGCAAAACCCUAUAUAUACAUACACCCUCUCUUCAUUUAUCUUCACCACUCUCUUUUAGCAAUACUUCUAUCAUAAAACUUCUUACCUAAAAUAGAAAUAUAUAUAUCGAAAGAUGGCUUCGAAAACCUCAGCAUCCCUUGUCAUUUUCCUCACAUUCAACAUCCUCUUCUUCACCUUGACCACCGCAUGUGGCGGUGGCUGCAGUCCAACCCCUAAACCCAAGCCUAAGCCCAAGUCCACCGGAAGCUGCCCAAGAGACACUCUCAAGCUUGGCGUUUGCGCCAAUGUCCUCAAGGAUCUUCUCAAAAUCCAGUUGGGCACACCACCAGUCAAGCCUUGCUGCUCCCUCCUUAAGGGUCUGGUUGAUCUUGAGGCUGCGGCUUGUCUCUGCACCGCCCUAAAGGCUAAUGUCUUAGGCAAUAAGCUUAAUGUUCCAGUCUCUCUCAGCCUUCUUCUCAAUGUUUGUGGCAGGAAGGUUCCUUCUGGAUUCGUAUGUGCUUGAUUUAUCUAUCCACCUUGGUCAUAUUUUUUAACUUAUCUUUUGAUGUUUUAUCUUUGAUUAAGAUUCUUUGAAUUCUCUUUUUUUUUCAGUUGUUCAUCGAAUAAGUGCUGCCUCUACUUCUUGUACUGUUUACAUUUUAAAUUAAUUAGCUCAAAAAUAAGAUUCUUAAAGUAUUAUCAUAA